CGAUUCGGCAUCAACGAAAAGCUCUUUGAGUUUUUACCAAUAUUCAAAAGAGAUCGCAAGAGUAUAAAUGAGUGUGAUUAUUUUUCCACAAAAGUUUUGUGAAAACCACAGGGCGAACCUCAGUGCAGUGAGCAAGUGAAGAUAGCCAGUGACCGAAACGAAAACAAGACAGCUUCUUACACCAGUUCUCUACAGGGUAAAGAUGUCUCGUACGCUGGCUUAGACUUGUGGAGGAUUAGAAAGCAGAGUGUAUCUGCCUGGAUUUGUUGAUGAGACUUCCACAAAAAAAAGUGUCUUUAUCUGGACGGUAGAUAGGUGGCGACACUGGUGACGUAAGGGGUUCGAGUCGCCCGCCCUCCGGGGUGGCCACUCCUUUUUACCGUUUUAGUUUCCACUGGUCGCGAAUAUGGCAAGACCAUUGUUCGAGAUUUGGCCGUUAGUGGUCGCAUUCAGUCUCAUUAUAGCCCCAUCAGCGACUGGUCAAAGUCAGUCGACUCAUACUCCACCUGAGAAAGCGCGAUGGCAGCUGGAGACAGGAGUAUCAUCUGCUCAUUGGAGGCCGAACUCACGAGAUUAUGCAAGUCAGCUGCAACAGGACGACCCUUAUUGGUCAUCUACCUGGGACCAGCAGAGGGUGCAAGUUCCAUCCAGGCUAGCAUAUGACUAUAGCUUACCAACAAAAAGUCAAGAAGUCACACAGAAUAUUGAGCAUAUUCCGGGAGGAUAUCGUCAUAGAACCGCCACAACGACCUAUGAGACAUCUUCGAACAAUAGAACCUUACCAGGCGUCAGCCAUCGAGAUGGACAGUACAUUUACAGGUACCGCGGGCCAAUUCGUGAAUACGUCGAUUAUACCUCGUCCUAUACGACUUCUCGCCGAGGGGGAAGUGGCACCAGUCGUUCUGGCUCUUCGUAUGCGACUUCCUAUGCGUCAAAUGACGCCUGGCUGGCCUUCAUCAAUGCUGCAGCAGAUGGCAGAAAUUACGUGGUUUCACAUGAUCUGUGCAUUAGCACGGGGUCGUGUUAUCCCUCAACGGGUGAUCUUGUGAUAGGUCGUGAGAAACGGCUAUCGGCGACGUCGACCUGUGGUCAGAAAACGCGACAGUUCUAUUGCGAUCACGGCGCUAACAGCGCAUUUCGCCAUGAGGCACCUAGAGCGUGUAUGCACACCUGUGAUUCGGACCCCAAAUCUCCUAACUACUUCGGUAUCGAGAACAUUGUGAAACUUCAACCAGACUUACGAAAACGUUGGCAGUCGGAACCGGGCGUCAUGGCCGUGUCAAUACAAUUGGACUUCGAAGCUGAAUUUCAUUUUACUCAUCUUAUUAUGAUCUUCCACACGUUCCGACCUAAAGCAAUGGUGAUUGAGAAGUCAAACGACAUGGGCAAGACGUUCAGGCCAAUUGCAUAUUUCGCCCAUAACUGUGCAGAAACCUACCCGCAUAUCCCUCUUGCGCCUAAGAAAAAGCUACUUGACGUCGUCUGCGAAGAGAAAUAUUCACAACUACUACCUAAACAUGGCGGCAGCGUGUUAUACUCGAAUCUGAACCCUCGAGACGAAGCUACGAAAAAAGAGAACUUUAAAGAAAUAGAAAAAUUAGUGAGUGUGACAAAUUUACGCUUUAAGUUUCAACAGCUGCACACGCUGGGCGACAUGAAUAUCGGUGACAAUGAGGCUUAUAAGCAGAAGUAUUAUUAUGCUGUAAGAAGCCUAAUCGUUCGAGGCUCAUGCUCGUGUUAUGGCCACGCUGAGUCCUGCAUACCGUUUGGUGACGAACCACAUGUACCGAAAAUGAUUUACGGUAAGUGUGCCUGUAUGCACAAUACAGAGGGUGAAAACUGCAACCGAUGCAAACCGCUGUACAAUGACCUGAAAUGGGAAGCUGCCUCUCGGGAUUUUCCCGAAUGUAAAAAAUGUGAAUGUAAUCAGCACUCGGAUAGUUGCGAAUUCGACGAAAAUUUAUUUAUCGCAAAUGGCAAAAGGUCUGGUGGCCGUUGUCUAAAUUGCCUGCACAACACAGCUGGUCCUAACUGUGAACUAUGCGAAGAUUUCUACUAUAGGAAUCCUAAAAAGCCAUUAACGGACCCUGAUAUAUGUCAACCAUGCAAUUGCAAUAAAGCGGGCUCCCUAGAAGAAGGACGUUGUGAGCAGUACGAUGAGAACGGAUUUACGGCCGGCAAAUGCCGUUGUCGAGAUAAUGUCCACGAACGAAACUGUGGCCGAUGCAAAGCAGGAUUUUGGAAUCUCACUCAAUCCAACCCAUUGGGCUGUCAAGCUUGUGAGUGCGACCCUCGUGGAAUUUACCCCGGUAGUCAGGGCUGUAACGAGAAAACAGGGGAAUGCUCAUGCAAAGAGAACGUAACCGGUCAACUAUGUGAUGCUUGUGCGCCAGGACAUUAUGGCUUAGAGGAGGGACAAAUGGGCUGUAAACCAUGUGACUGCGAUCGUGGAGGCUCAAUUAACCCUGAUCAGUGCGAUCUCGAGAACGGCCAAUGCGAAUGCAAACCUGGCAUCAAGGGCAGAAAGUGUGACCAAAUAGAAGAUGGUUUCUUUGUGCCUCUGCCAGAUUAUCUAAUACACGAGGCAGAAGUACCUGAUGAACAAAGAAACACGAAGAUUAUUGCUCGAGCGCACUACGCACCAAGUAAUCUUCGAGAUUUUAGCGGACUAGGCUUUAUGGAUUUAGGCCCGAACGGCAUGAUCGAACUUCGGUACCCAGAGAUUCCAUGGACUGGGGAAUAUAAUAUUUUCGUUCGUGGAGAUCCCAAGUCACAUGAUCAAGAGCUCGAGGUGACAGUGAUUCGAGAAAAUCCCCUUCGACACGGUAGCCCUUGUAAAAAAACCGGCACACAGGAGGAACCUAGAGAUAUCAUUAGGCUCAAAACGGCAAGCCAAGACCCAUCGCCUGUCAUGCAAGUAUGCUUAGAAAAAGAUAGUCCCGUAAGGGUCCGUCUUGAAGUACCCUCAGGAUUCUCACCUCACAGCGGUAGUCAACUACUUAUUGACUCGGUGGUUCUUAUGCCCGACUAUCGAAAACUCGACGUCUAUCCGAAGAACACUAGGUCUGACCUUAUGGAUUACUGCAUUCAUCACGUUGAACUUUAUGGGACUCACAGUUUAUAUGAAGAGUGUAAAAAGAUCUUCUACCCGGCUGGCAUGGCUGUAUGGAACCAGGCCUUCAAAUGUGAAUGCAACGCUGCCGGUUCCACAAGCAACGUCUGUAAUAGUCUAGGCGGACAAUGUACGUGUAAGGUAAACGUUGUGGGACGUCAGUGCGAGAUGUGCGAUACCGUCUCAUGGGGUCUCGAGGACAACGAGGAAUGCAUUCCCUGCGAGUGUGACCAUAAAGGUUCGUUAAAUCAAUUCUGCGACCCGCGUUCCGGCAAAUGUAACUGUCGUGAGAACGUAUUUGGUGAUCACUGUGACCAGUGUGCGCGUGGUUAUUGGGGCGACCCAUUUAGUUGUCUCAAAUGCGAGUGCAAUGACAGGGCUGAAACGUGCAACCCAAAAACCGGCGAAUGCAUUGACUGCCGGGAGAAUACAAGCGGCGCGCACUGCGAACGCUGUGCCGAGGGAUACUACGGGGAUCCGCUCCGAGGAAUAGCUUGUCGACCAUGCCUUUGUCCUGAAACGCCAGAGUUUGGACCUAACCAUGCGGUUUCCUGCCACCUUUCCAGUACCAACGAGAUGUACUGUCAAUGCAAGCCGGGCUAUAAGGGUGAAAAAUGCGAUGAGUGUGAAAACAACUUCUAUGGAGACCCUACACGACCCGGAGACGGAUGUCGCCCAUGUGAAUGCAACGGGAACAUCGAUCUUUCACUAGAGGGCAACUGUGAUCCGGUGACCGGCGAUUGCCUACGUUGCCUUUACAACAGUGAAGGCAUUCACUGCGAACGAUGUAAGGAAGGACAUUGGAAAAACGGCACAAGAUGUGACGAGUGUUCAUGUAACCCAAGCGGUACUCAAGUGGGCGCCCCUAUUUGUGAUCAGAAAACCGGAAAAUGUAAUUGUCUCCCCAAUGUUGAGGGAAUCGGAUGUGAUCGCUGCAAGCCGGCACAUUGGAACUUCAAUUCCGGCAAAGGUUGCGAACCAUGCGCGUGCAAUACACAUGGCACCAUCGAUGGCAGCGAAGAGUGCAAUGUAUCGGACGGACAAUGUCAUUGCAUAGCAGAACGAGGAGGCAGAAGGUGCGACUUGUGUUCAACCGGCUACCACGGAGUUCCUGACUCUAAGUGUUACAAAUGCGAGUGUGAUCGAUAUGAAGGUGCUAUGACAGCAGUUUGCGAUGCUGCUACAGGACAUUGCGUAUGCAAACAGGGUAUGACAGGACCGCGCUGCGAUCAAUGCGCUCGUGGCUUUAAGGGUCGUUCACCGAAAUGCGAACCCUGUGACAACUGUUUCGCAAGCUGGGACGUAAUCAUCGGAGAACUCGAUGCACACACGCGUAACCUUAUCGACACUGCCAAGCUCAUUAAGCAAACCGGAACAUCCGGAGACACUCGAGAAUUUAAAGAGAUCGAAGAUUACCUGGCGAAUACACGCGAGAUCCUUGCUCGAGCAAAUAUUACUGGCCUUAAUCUUUCUCAGAGGCAAACUCUUUUAGAUGAACUUAAAGCGCUACUUGAUCAAGUUGAGGGAAAGUUAGCGCAGGCUGAGAAUAUGUAUUCAUUCUUCAUCGAAGAUUCUUUGACCUUAUCGAAGAGGGUGGCCCAGUUAGAUGGUGACAUCGAAACACUACGAGCUAAGGUGAAGAAGCUUGAAGAAGAUAUGACCACUCUACAAGAACAAAACGUUAUGGGGGCCUUUAACCUCAUCAAGAAGAACGUACAGGAAGCAAAGGAAUACCAAACAAAGGGACAUGAGGUUCGUAAAAUCAUUGAAGAUAGCUCAAGCAAGCGCGAUGCCGCCUCGCGCUUGUUGACCCGUGGUAGGGGUCAAUUCCACGAUAUACAUCAGCGAAAUGAGCAGAUGUUAACAGACCUUAAUCGAGAUAUUGGACAUCUAGAGAAUGAAAUUCCUAGAAUCAACCGAUACCUCUGCGCCAGCGAUACCUCAGUCGAAGGCUGUAAGGAUAAGUGUGGGGGAGUUGGAUGCGAUCACUGCGGAGAUCAGUUUGGCUGUACCGAGGCGGCUGUACAAAAGGCGAAGCACGCACUGCAAAUGGCCCGCGACGUACAAGAAAUCGUACGCGAGAAACAGGCGCGAGCGACCCACAUGAGAGAUGAUAUCGAAACUGCACGAAGCCAAGCCAACCAGGCGCACACGAAAGCGAUGGAGGCGUAUACGGCUGUAACGGUUGCGCGCGACGAUGCCACGAAUGCUGUCACAGAACUGAAGAAUCUCCUGCAGGAAAUUGAAGAUCUUCUUAAAAAAGCCGUAGCAACACCAUCUGAGAUUCUCCAAAUGGCGAAAGACUGCCUUGAACGUAAGGUGCAGCUAACACCUCAACAAAUUCAGGACCUAUCAGCCCAAAUCCAAGACACAAUACGAAGUCUUUCUGACAUUGAUCGGAUUCUCAAGGAGACCGAAAAUGACAAGCUACGUACUGCCGCACUCAAAAACAAAGCCGACAAGGUUGAGAGCGACGCUCAGAGAAUCCUGAGUUCCGCUGAAGCAGUCUAUUCAUAUCUCGAGGACGCCCGGCAAGCUCAGAACGAAGCCCGGGGUGAUCUGGAUACUACUAAGAGGGAAACGAGCGACGUGAAGGACGAAAUACGAGAGUUGGAUGAUCGUGGAAAUAGGGUAAAAACGAGGGCCAACGACUUAUUGAGGGUCGCAACGAGGCUGUCAGAUCGCUUGAAGUCUUUGCAGCGAAAUAAGACCGACGUAAAUUACAAGGUUGGGAACCUUAACAGCGAGUUUGAAGCAGCGCAGAAGCAGGCCGACCAGGCACACGGUUUAUCUCAGCAACUCUCGGAUAGAUAUCAGGAAGCUGUCCACGAGAUCGAGCGUAAAACUCUGUCUGAUAAUUCAAACAAAGGUUUAGCUGACAACCUUCGUCAUCGAGCUCAGCGUCUCAACGCUGACAUACAGUCACGACUGAGCGAAUUGCAGAACCUUGAAGACACGUUUAUAGAUAAUGAGAAGAAGGUGAAAGGUUACGAUGACCUAAUAGAUGCUCUCAUGAGAGAAAUGGACGAGCAUCAAUCGUACAUUGAUGGACGGGCCAGAUAUUAUCAGAAAUGCACGAAGUAAUGGUCCUCGAACCGCGUACCGAAAUACUUGGUCGAAAAUUUUUAUAGAACGGUCAUGGGACAACAAAGCGCACAUCAAUGGAACAGCAAUCAUCAACUAUGAAUUAGGCACUAAAAUAAAACAAAUUAUUAAGGCUA